AUGGGCAUCUUCAGAAAGGUUUUAAUGAGUGUCUCAGGAGUUCAAGAUCCACAAGACGACACCAAAAAGGGAUCAUAUCAAUGGAAAAAGGAGCACUUAUCGGCUGACAAGAUGUCGAGAACAAUGGAUAAUUCGGAAAAAUACAGUGGGGUGCCCGCAAUUCCCGUUGAUAUCGGUUAUCAUGGCGGAAAAGAUGUGACGGGAACGAAAAAAACGGGAGUCGUCAGCAACGCCGCCAGCAAUCCUGGUGUGAUUCUUGGAAUGGGUCUCACAACGGCUGCGCUGUUGGGAAUGUUCAAGUCCUCAUUCCUUGGCGAUAAACUCGGAGCUCAGAAAAUGAUGCAGUAUCGUAUUAUGGCUCAAUUCUUCACCGUAACCGCACUCGUUGCCGGUGUGACAAUUUUCGGAGCCACGUAUGAGGAUGAGGACGUGAAGAAUUGA